CAACGAAUCGUGAAUUUUGUUCGCUGGACGAUCUUCAGAGAAACAAUCAGGGCCUACGCCUCGGAGCUCCACGGGCUUCUGGUGCGGAUAGCGAGCAAGGUCGCGGAGAGCUUGGGCUUGGUCGGCUACUCGUUCGAAGACUGGCCCAGUCAGUUCAGGAUCAACAGGUACAACUUCACCGAGGAAACCGUUGGUUCUUCCGGCGUCCAGAUGCACACGGAUUCAGGGUUCCUCACCGUUCUCCAAGAAGAUGAAUCCGUCGGCGGGCUCGAAGUGAUGACCGAGUCAGGUUCGUUCGUGGCUGUCGAUCCGGUUCCUGGGUCCUUUCUUGUCAACCUCGGGGAUGUUGCGAAGGCCUGGAGCAAUGGUAGACUACAUAAUGUGAAGCACAGAGUCCAGUGCAAGAAAGCCGUAUGGAGAUUUUCUAUAGCAUUGUUCCUGCUAGCACCAAAGGAUGAUAUAGUUGAGCCUCCACCAACACUCGCGGAUUCUGAACACCCAAGACUCUACAAAACCUUCACCUACGACGAGUAUCGAAAGCUGCGUUUAUCGUCAGGAUCACGUGCUGGUGAAGCCCUCUCCCUUUUAGCUCAAAAUGCUACUAAUGUUGAAGCCUAAUAUGUAUGUGAAGGAUUUUACUGGAAAAAAGUUAGAGAGAUGUAACUGAUUAAGACAUCUAUGGAUUGAUAAUAAGAGCUGAGUAGUUUGGCUA